CCGUGCCGCUCCGUGCCGCCCCCCCAGCUCCGUGCCAGCCCCGCCGGGAGCCCGGGGGGCUCGGCGGCAUGGAGGGGCGAGCGGGCUGAGGGGGGCCCCGACGGGGAGGCGGCGGCGGCGGGCGGGGGGGGGGGCUCACCGCCUUUCUUUUUUUUUUUUUGCCGUCCCCCCCGCAGGGAGCGGCCGGCCCCCGCGCCACCAUUACCUCUCCCGGCAAGGAGGACCUGCUGUCUCUCGCCGCCCGGCUCUGGCAGCGGAGGAGGCGGCUGCUGGCCGCCGCCGGGCUCGCCCUGGCCAUGGCAGUCGCCCUGCUGGUCGCCGUGCCCCUGCUGCUGCUGCAGGCGCCCGCCGAGAGCGGCGCCCACUACGAGAUGAUGGGCACCUGCCGCAUGAUCUGCGACCCCUACAGCGCCGCCCGGCCCCCCGGCCCCGGCAGCACGGCCGCCGUGGAGGCUCUGCAGGACCCGGGGGCCAACCCCCCGCCGCCGCCCUUCGUCCACCAGGGCCCCAAAGGGGAGCCGGGCCGGCCGGGCAAGCCGGGCCCGCGGGGUCCCCCCGGGGAACAGGGACCCCCCGGUCCCCGGGGGCCUCCGGGGGAGCGGGGCGAGGCGGGGAAGCCGGGGCUGCCCGGGCUGCCGCUGCCCGGGGCGGGGGGCGGCGGGGGCAGCGGCGGCGGGGCGGCGGCGGGGGGCGGCGAGGCGGCGGGGGGGCUGAGCGCCGCCUUCAGCGGGCCCCGCAUCGCCUUCUACGUGGGGCUCAAGAGCCCCCACGAAGGCUACGAGGUGCUCAAGUUCGACGACGUGGUCACCAACCUGGGCAACCACUACGAGCCGGCCAGCGGCAAGUUCACCUGCCAGGUGCGCGGCAUCUAUUUCUUCACCUACCACAUCCUCAUGCGCGGCGGCGACGGCACCAGCAUGUGGGCCGACCUCUGCAAGAACGGGCAGGUGCGGGCCAGUGCCAUCGCCCAGGACGCCGACCAGAAUUACGACUACGCCAGCAACAGCGUGGUGCUGCACCUGGACUCCGGCGACGAGGUGUACGUCAAGCUGGACGGAGGCAAAGCGCACGGAGGCAACAACAAUAAGUACAGCACUUUCUCUGGCUUUCUUUUAUACCCCGAUUAAAACAGAGCGAGCGACACGACCCUGCUGACCCCGCCAGUGAUGCGUGUGGGGCUGGCUGGUGUCUCCGUACCCCGUCGUGCCGCGGUUCCCGCUGGUGUCCGCUGUCUCCACAGGUCACUUUGGCUUUGUUACCACUUCGUACGGUUUUUUUUUUCCUCUUUUUUUUUUUUCUUUUCCCGUGGAAACGAAAUGCGAGUGAAACAAAGCGAUCCCCUGCUCUGAGCCCCCCUGUCCCUUUGUCAGCCUCAGUGUUUUGUGUGUCACACCAGGAGCUCGGCGGCUCGAAACUCCCGAGUGGUCCCCGUGGUGCGCACGGGGGCUCAGAGUUCAGCCUGUGCCACACACGGAAUUUGAACCGGUCGUUUUCUUUUUGGUCGAUGAGUAUUAAUCACGAUGCUGAAUUUUCGGAUUGAUUAUUCAUGAAGUGGUUUUGAUUAUUCAUGGAGUGGCCAUAACUGGUUUUUCCUCUGCUGCUUCGUUUGUAUGGGGUCAAGUGUAAACUUUUCUUUUCUGUGCAACGCGAUGCUCGUGUGAAUGACGAUGUCACUAACGGCAAAUCUGUUCCUGUCUGCAAAAAGAAUUCAGUCCUUGACCACAAUCACCGAAACACCACAUUAAAUUAUGUUUUUAGACAA